UCCAGUUAUAAGUUUUUAAAUGUUCGCUGGGUUAUUUAAUUAAUUUAUCAACAAAGCAAUUAUUUGUAUAGAAGUGCUAUCAAUAACGCAAUAAUAUCAAUAGCAACAGAGCUAAUUACAUCCUGUUAGUUGUCCUCGCCUACUCGGAUUAUUAUCAAGCAAGUUAUCGGUGGAGCGGUCUCUUAUCCAAGUGAAGCUGUUAUAACCUCAUCAUCAUGGCAUACAUUGUGGAUCUCCGGUCGGACACCGUGACAAAGCCCACUAAGGCCAUGAAGCACGCCAUGGCAAACUCGGCCCUAGGUGAUGACGUCUUCGGGGAAGAUCCUACAGUGAAUGCUUUGGAGAGCAAGAUCGCAAAUAUGCUGGGCAAGCAGGCCGCGCUGUUCGUUCCCUCUGGGACUAUGUCCAACCUCAUAGCCAUUAUGGUGCACUGCAAUAAGAGAGGAUCUGAGGCUGUAGUGGGAGAUCUAACACACAUCUUCAAGUAUGAACAAGGUGGCGCAUCUCACCUGGGCGGUGUGAUGCUGUCGACGCUGCCAAACCAGCCAGACGGCACUUUUUCGCUAUCAGCGCUGGAAGCGCGCGUGCGCGGUUCAGACAUCCACGAGCCGCUUACAGCGCUUGUCUGCAUUGAGAACACGCACAACGUGUGCGGCGGAAAGGCACUACCCCUGAAAUGGGUAGACGAGCUGGCCGUGGUAUGCAAGAAGCACUCGCUCCCCAUCCACAUGGACGGAGCUCGACUUUUCAACGCCUGCGAGUACUUGAAGGAGUCUCCACCUCGGGUGGCGCGCGACUGCGACAGUAUCUCCAUUUGCUUUAGCAAGGGGCUGUCGGCGCCUGUAGGAUCUGCGCUGGUCGGCUCUUAUCACUUCAUUGAGCAGGCGCGACGCGUGCGCAAGAUGCUAGGUGGCGGCAUGCGGCAGGCAGGAGUUCUGGCGGCGCCUGCGCUUGUGGCGUUGGAUGAAAUCGUGCCCAAGCUAGCGCUCGACCAUAAGCGCGCGCAGAUACUGGCUAAAACGAUCCAAGGCAUGUUCCUGAAGUCGUUCUCCGUGGACCCAGAUAGCCAGCACUCCAACAUCGUACUCGUGCGCAUACCACCUGAAAGUCCUCUCACGUCAGACGCGGUUCUACAGAGGUUGGAGCAGGUCUGCCUGGCUGAGACGCAGGGCGACUGCAAAACACCGGACGACGAGGGCGUGAUCGUAAAAGGCAUCUCAUUCAACAGCAAGACCAUCCGCCUCACGCUGCACCACGACAUCGGCGACGAGGCGCUGUGGCUCGCCAUCAUGAAGAUCAACUACGUGUUCAGGGAGAUGGACGCCAGCAAGUAACAUAACCUGAUCUAAAGCGGGGUUUAGAAUAAAGCCUGGUCCGUGAGCACGUAGAAUUUUGUCCAAUGACCCCAAGCUACCCAUCCUUAUCGCUCGCGCGUAAUUAUGUUGCUGUCGCGCUCGCACACUCACUGCGGGUGCCAGUUGCACAGUCGCGACAGCAACAUAAUUACGCGCGAGCGAUAAGGAUGGGUAGCUUGGGGUCAUUGGACAAAAUUCUAUGUGCUUACGGACCAGGCUUUAGCGAUAUAACUUGCAGAAGUUGACUUCUUUAAGCUGUUUACCACUGUGUAAAUAGCUGUGGCAAGCAAACUUCUGCAAGAUUUACACAGUGGUGGUGACAGCUUGCGGAAGUCAACUGCAAAUUUUAUUGCUAAUCUAAUGCCCGUUUUCACCAU